AUGGUUCGGUUCCACUUGGUCGACAUCUAUGUUCUCUUCAUGAUAAAUGCAUAUCGACCGGUGCUCAUCCGGUGUUCAUGCACAACUCCUCUGGUUCUGGGAAGCACGGCGUAUGAGGCGCGGGGUCGAGAUGCAGUUCAUUUAUUUGAUACUCAUAGAUGGGAAUAUGUAUAUCAUCUUGGACUCUUUAGGAUGGGACAUGUUGAAGUUGUUAAGUCAUUGAUAGGUAACGAUGCAAGCAUUGGGUUUGGUACUAAUAAAAAGGAACAAACAGUGGCUGUCAAAGGUAAACAAGAAGGGAUUGUUCUUGAAUUGGUGAGGCCUGAUCCUAAGGUCUUGAGUUUUGACGAUAAUAAAGGAAACACGCCAUUGCAUAUUGCUAUAAAGAAGAGCCGUACUAAGAUUAACCUCAAUUCUCUGAACAAGGCGGGAGAUACUGCACUUGAUAUAGCUGAAAAAAUUGGAAACGCAGAGCUUGCGUUGGCUUUGAAGAAAGCAGGAGCUGCUACAGCUAAAGAUCUUGGGAAGCCCCAGAACCCAGCUAAACAGCUUAAGCAAACGGUUAGAGACAUCAGACACGAGGUACAGUCUCAAAUCCAACAGUCUCGCCAAACAGGUGCUAAAGUUCAGAGGAUAGAAAAGAGACUCAAGAAGCUUCACAUUAACAGCCUGAACAACGCUAUAAACUCAGCAACAGUUGUAGCUGUCCUAAUAGCAACAGAUGCAUUUGCAGUCAUCUUCACUAUACCUGGACAAUAUGAAGAGGACAUAACAAACGGACCAUUGGUGUUAGUAGAAGCUAGGAUAGCUAACCAAGCCCCUUUCUUGCUAUUCUUUAUAUUCAACAGCUUGGCAGUGAAGCGUUGUUCGUAUCUUUGGUGGUUGUUAUGGUUCAGACAUCAGUUGUAG